AUAGUUAUUGGAUUUUUUAUUUCGCUACUGGUAUAGGUUUAUUGAAAAAACAAUUCGAUAUUAAUGAUAAAAAAUUAAAUGAAAAUUCUAGCCUAUUUUCAAAUAUAACUCGAGAAUAUAAAGUUCCAUUACCUUUUGCAAUAAUUUUUAUAUUAGCAGGUUUAUUCAUUUUAGUGUUUUCUUUUGUUGUUAAUCUCCGAUACUUUAUUAGUUAUGGAUUUCUUUUUGUUGCUUUAACAUGUUGGUAUUCCUUUUAUUACUGGUGGGGUACUAUAAAAGAUCAAAGAGAAGCUGCUAUUAUGAGAAUAGCGGAUGAAAAUGAAAAACCUUAUGAUUUUAAUUAAUUAAUUUAUUAUUAUUAUAUUAUUAUUUAA